AGACCAAAGAGAAGGGACAACGUCUCAGCCCACACACGAUUGGAGGAGAUAGACAUCAAUCAAACUGGACGCCGUCCAUUCCCCCCCACCCCUCAUGGCGAGUCCACCCCCAACCCACCAAUAGGGCGAGUCCCAUCCACUCGAACCUCGCCACCACUCAUCCGUCCGGGCAAUCUGAUUGGGUCCCACUCACUCCACAACUCCCGCCCACUCUACGCUCCACCCCCUCUGAUUGGUCAAGAUGGACACGUGCUACAGCAACCGCUCGGUGAAGUUCUUCUACGACCAAAGCGACAAGAACAUCAGCGACCACUGGCGUCCUCGGGACUACCUGGUGGUGAGCCUGGGCAUGGCCGUGUCUGUCAUCGUCAUCCUGGCCAACAUCCUGGUCAUGGUGGCCAUCUUCAUCAACCGACGAUUCCACUUCCCCAUCUACUAUCUGCUAGGUAGGGCGUGUGUGUCUGUCAAUUAGCAGCUGCUCCCACUCAUUUACCAAAGCUACCAGAAUUUUCUGAAAUGUUGGUCAUUUUGGAAAUCUACAGGAUCUUUGGUAAAUUAUACUUUUCAAAAAAUUUAGUCGUAUUCCUGUCAUAUUUUUUUAUCUGUGAAAAUUCCCUAAAAUCCUUGAAAGUAAAGAGAAAUUCCAGGAGUUAACUGGUACAUUUAGAAAGUUACAAGUAAUAUUUACCCCCCUUAGCAACCCUACUCAUUUCCUUGUCUACUGUCCCCUAGGCAACCUGGCGGCAGCAGACCUGUUCUCAGGUAUCGCCUACCUGCACCUGAUGUUCCACACUGGGCCCUGGACCAUCAAGCUGACCCUGAACCAGUGGUUUGUACGCCAGGUAGGGAAGAGUUCAACACACACCCUAACCCUAAAAAUGGGCUGGUGUGUCAGAAAAGCCAGGGCCGAUUUCUGAUCCUGUUCCGUCCCGGAGUUGAUGCUUGCUGGGGCCCAUGAAUCGAUGAAUCCACAUUGGUUUCUUUCAAACUGGGAAAAUAUAGUUUUCCUGUCAAAGUACUGUAUAGUAAGAGGUUUGUGUGAAUAUUCCUACUAAGCUAUUAUGAGCAAACGUUCCACAUACUUUAAAUGAAAACAGAAUCCUUGUGGCCUGUGUGACCAGAGAUGACAUGGGUUAAAAUCCACUCACUGGCUUUCUGACUCACUAUCUCUCCUACCUUUCCUGUUUCCUCUCAACUGUCCUAUCUCACUAUCUCUCCUAUCUUUCCUGUUUCCUCUCAACUGUCCUAUCUCACUAUCUCUCCUACCUUUCCUGUUUCCUCUCAGCUGUCCUAUCUCACUAUCUCUCCUACCUUUCCUGUUUCCUCUCAGCUGUCCUAUCUCACUAUCUCUCCUACCUUUCCUGUUUCCUCUCAGCUGUCCUAUCUCACUAUCUCUCCUACCUUUCCUGUUUCCUCUCAACUGUCCUAUCUCACUAUCUCUCCUACCUUUCCUGUUUCCUCUCAGCUGUCCUAUCUCACUAUCUCUCCUACCUUUCCUGUUUCCUCUCAACUGUCCUAUCUCACUAUUCCUACCUUCUGUUUCCUCUCAACUGUCCUACUCAUAUCUCUCCUACCUUCUGUUUCCUCUCAACUGUCCUAUCUCACUAUCUCUCCUACCUUUCCUGUUUCCUCUCAACUGUCCUAUCUCACUAUCUCUCCUACCUUUCCUGUUUCCUCUCAACUGUCCUAUCUCAAUCAAUACGUUAAACCCUUCAAAUAUAUAGAUGAAUUAAUCCUCCCUCCAGACCCUGAUCGACACCAGUCUGACAGCAUCGGUAUUAAACCUACUGGCCAUCGCCUUGGAGCGCCACCAGACCAUCUUCACCAUGCAGGGUGUGUGUGUUUAUAGUAUAUCAGAGCGGUUGGGAGAAAAGCCAUAGACUCAUUUCCAUCUGGCAUGGACUAAUAAAGUAUAUAUUAUCUCAGCUCCACAGUAAGAUGACCAACCGCCGCGUGGUGCUGCUUAUCGCCUUUAUCUGGGGACUAGCCAUCUUCAUGGGCCUGGUUCCCACCAUGGGCUGGCACUGCCUGUGCAACCUGGCCAACUGCUCCACCAUGGCCCCCAUGUACAGCCGCUCCUACCUGGUGUUCUGGGCUGUUCUCAACCUGUUCACCUUCUCUCUCAUGGUGGCCGCCUACACCAGGAUCUUUGUGUACGUCAGACACAAGAGCCAGAGGAUGUCUCAGCACACCAGCCAGAUACGACACAAGGAGACUGUGUUCAACCUGAUGAAGACUGUGUCUAUGAUACUGGGUGAGGAGGGACGGGGGGGGUUCACACAUACAUGCAGACACACACACGAGCAGGUAUGGGUGCACACACACACACACUCUCUCUUUCUCUUUCUCUCUCUCUCUCUCUCAUAUAUAUAUAUAUAUAUAUAUAUAAAUGCAGGCACCUCUGGCUUGUCCUAACGGGUUUAACCAGACACUCUACUUCCCCCCCACAUCCCUCCUUCCUUCUCCUCUUUCCUGUUCUCUCUCUCUCUCUCUCCCAAGCUUCUGCUCCAGCAUUUUUUACUUCUUGAUUAAAUUCCUCAAAAGAAGGAAUUUGACAUCUCUAUUUCUCACAUAUAGGCUCAUACACAGUCACUGAAUCUCUCUUUCUCUCUCUCUUUCUCUCUCUUUCUGGCAUGUCAAGGCAAGCGUGAGUGAGAGUGGCUGCGUGUGUUGGGUUUUACUAGGUACCUGAAGUCCUCACAUGACCGUAAAACGAGGAACGUUUGGACAAGUGGGGACAUUAAACCGGUCCUCACAAGGAAAAGCCUUUUUCAGGGUUAGGUUUAGGGUUACGAUUAGGGUUAGAAUUAGGUUUAGGGAAAAUAGGAUUUUGAAUGGGAAUCAAUUGUUUGGUCCCCACAAGGAUAGUAAAACAAUGUGUGUGUGUGAGCGAGGAAUCUCUGUGCAUGUCCUGACAGGGAACAGCAUAGUUAAACCACCACGACACAAAAACACUCCUCCAUUUCAACCUCGCAUUCUCUCUCUCACAGUACAUAUGUGAGUGUGAGCACGCCUGUGUGUGUAUGUGUGAGCGUGUGUCUGUGUACAGUAUGAAUUCCUGAGGCGUGAAAUCGUGUAAUUGAAUAUUAUCAUAAUGAAAUCAGAUCUGUCCGACCAACCCCAAGCCACACACUGACAGUGGAUACUGACUCUGUGUGUGUACAGUAUUCACUGACCAGCUGAAUUUUUACAAUUGUCUCUUCUCUCCUCCUCCCCCUCCUCUCCUCCAGGUUGUUUUGUGAUCUGCUGGACCCCAGGCCUGGUGUUGUUGAUGUUGGAUGGUCUGGGCUGUGUUUCGUGCCAGGUGCUGCGUUAUGAGAAGUACUGUCUGGUCCUGGCUGAGUGCAACUCCCUGGUCAACCCCAUCAUCUACAGCUUCAGAGACACGGACAUGUUACAGACCUUCAAGAGGAUCCUCUGCUGCCUGUGUCGCCGCGACGUUGCCGGCCACAACCACACGCUGUCCGGCAUGCGCUGCAACACCCUGGAGCAAGAGGUACUCUCCGAGAGUAACGGCAACAAUCACCAUGACAACCACAGCGACGACAACAAUCAUAAAAGUCCCCACGGCGACCACUCGGACACAGACGAGGACAGUAGACGCAUAUAGGUGACAGACGUACAACGACGACGUAACAAGCAGUUACACCGUAAAAAUGUCAACACUGACAGGUGUAUAGCAACGUUCAUCACCAUGACCACUCAGACAACUAGCUAACAGUCUCUACUACAAUGGACAAAAUACCACUACAGUGACUACUACAGCGUAACAAAAUACCACCACAACACCUACAAUAACUACAACGUAACAAAAUACCCCUACAACACCAGGCCUUGACAACAACCGCCUACAAGCAAACAGACUAUCAGAGAAUGUGCCAUGUUUUAGUGUUUGUAGGAGAAUGCUCAUUGUUAUAAUACUGUAUGUUGCGCCAGCUUAUUGCAUACUGUAAAUGUACCAGCCCCAUCAGUCUCCGUUCUUACCAAUAUAGAACAAUAUGAAUAGUUAAUAAUGUCGAUUAUUAUUGUUUGGAAAUGAACAGUAGCUGUACUGUUUGGAAAAGUUACUGCAUGGUAUCAAAAACAAGAGGAGAGGUAGCCUACAUGCUAUCUGUAAAAAUAUAAAAAGAUCAAACAUAAUGUUGUGAGUGGAUUGAGAGUGACGGGGCUGAUGUAUACUCUGUUACCAUGGUUCUGGGCAGCCUAGAAUGCAGAAGUCUCAGUAUGUGUGUCUAGAGAGAGACUUGAAUGAGUCCGGUUGAAUAAGGUCAGCCCCUGCAGUGAAUGUUUUGGUCUUCAGUUGGGUCCAUACUGGGCUCUGAUAAUGCAUAGUGACAAUGUUUCUAUAACGUUGUUGGAAGGUUGUCUGCCACCCGUAGUGACUUUCCAUACAGAAUUUCUGUAUAGUGACAAUGUCUCUAUAACGUUGUUGGAAGGUUGUCUGCCACCCGUAGUGCCUUUCCAUACAGAAUUUCUGUAUAGUGACAAUGUUUCUAUAAUGUUGUUGGAAGGUUGUCUGCCACCCGUUGUGACUUUCCAUACAGAAUUUCUGUAUAGUGACAAUGUUUCUAUAACGUUGUUGGAAGGUUGUCUGCCACCCGUUGUGACUUUCCAUACAGAAUUUCUGUAUAGUGACAAUGUUUCUAUAACGUUGUUGGAAGGUUGUCUGCCACCCGUAGUGACCUUCCAUACAGCAUUUCUGUAUAGUGACAAUGUCUCUAUAACGUUGUUGGAAGGUUGUCUGCCACCCCUGGACAGCCUGGUGGUAUGUCAACCAGAUGUUAAAGUGGUUCAAACAUGUCUGACUAUUUGUCAUGCUUCCUGUGACCUGUAGCUUUGGCAUGUACACACACACACACACACACACAUUAUCACACGCACAGAUACAUUAAAACGCAUGCACGCACGCGGAUACAUACACACACACAGACACGGCUGACUCAUAGCUGUGUUGUUGCUCUCUGCGUGGAGGCACAGGAGUGUGUGUGUUUACAGAACCCCCACACAAACAUUUAAACAUUUACACAUCCUGUCAGUGAUGUCACUAAUGGAGAACCAACAAACGGCACAAUACAGGAGGGAGGGGGAAACAUUUCAGUGUCGCACGCUAUUCUACACUAACUCUGUGGUGUGACAGUGAAAUAUGUUCCCCUCGUACUUACCCUACCCCACCCAUGACACAGACUGUCAUUUUUGCGCACACACACACACACACACAUACACACACACACACACACACACACACACACACACAGACAGACAGACAGACAGACAGACAGAAAUGUGUGAUAUACAAUAGUGCCCCCAGUGGUCCAAGUGAAAGCAAGUCGUCCUUUUCUGCUCUCCUGGGUUACGUCCCAAUUGUCUCUCUUUCCUCCCAAAGUGUGCACUCCUUCACUUCCCUUCACUGAUUUGAAAGGAAAUGACUGGUAUUGGAAAUAUGGUGGAAUCUCCCUCCAGCCCAUGCCUCCACCAAUCCAAUGCUGUUAGAUCUGUGGAAUGUAGUGAACGAGUGCACCCUUCAGGAGAAAAGAGAGAUUGUUGGGACGCACCCCAACUCUCACCAUUACUGGCUGAAAUCAUUUCUGAAAAGGGACAUUUUUUAUACCUGAGAAACUCUAAAAGGGAAAUGUUGGUUAUGAAUAUUCUAAAUAUUUAGAUUUUUUAAAUAAUAAAUAUGCCUGUUAAUAUGCAUUAUUUUCAUAAGCACAUAUGAAAACAUAUUUUUUCCCCAUAUUGUAAAAACAUAUAAUAAUACUCAAUUUAACAGAGAAACCGUUUUUCUCUCUUUCAUUUAAAAAAGAUGUUACUGUUCUUUUGUUUUAUUUUUGUACGACACAAUCUCUGAAAAUAAAGCCAUAAAAAUGAAUACAUGCUCAAUCUGUGUCUGUCUGCCUGAUCGCUUGGUUAUGCCUGGCAGCAUCGUGCGGAUAUACAACACUGGGAGGUCCAGACACUACAUAACGUGACAGAGGAGAAACAAAUCAUUUUUUAGUCAUUUAGCAGACACUUCCAGGAGCAAUUAGGGUUAAAGUGCCUUGCUCAUGUGAUGUGAUCCAUCUUAUUGCUGUGCUUGUCAUAGAGAGAGAGAGGCAGGGAUAUGAAUCUGGAUGUGUUUUGUGAUCCAUCUUAUGCUGUGCUUGUUCAUAAGAGAAGAGAAUGCAGGGAGGAUAUCUGGAGGGGUUGUGAUCCAUCUUAUUGCCUGUGCGUGUCAUAGAGAGAGAAGCAGGGAUGAUAUCUGGGAUGUGUUGUGGAAUCCGUCUUAUUGCUGUGGCUUGUCAUAGAGAGAGAAGCAGGGAUGAGAUCUGGAGGUGUUUGUGGAUCCAUCUUAUUGCUGUGCGUGUCAUAGAGAGAAGAAGCAGGAUGAAUAUCUGAGAUGUGUUGUGAUCCAGCUUAUUGCUGUGCUUGUCAUAGAGAGAGAAGCAGGGAUGAUAUCUGGAUGUGUUGUGAUCCAUCUUAUUGCUGUGCUUGUCAUAGAGAGAGAAGCAGGGAUGAUAUCUGGAUGUGUUGUGAUCCAUCUCAUUGCUGUGCUUGUCAUAGAGAGAGAAGCAGGGAUGAUAUCUGGAUGUGUUGUGAUCCAUCUUAUUGCUGUGCUUGUCAUAGAGAGAGAAGCAGGGAUGAUAUCUGGAUGUGUUGUGAUCCAUCUAGGCUGUGCUUGUAUAGAGAGAGAAGAGGGAUGAUAUCUGGAUGUGUUGUGAUCCAUCUUAUUGCUGUGCUUGUCAUAGAGAGAGAAGCAGGGAUGAUAUCUGGAUGUGUUGUGAUCCAUCUUAUUGCUGUGCUUGUCAUAGAGAGAGAAGCAGGGAUGAUAUCUGGAUGUGUUGUGAUCCAUCUUAUUGCUGUGCUUGUCAUAGAGAGAGAAGCAGGGAUGAUAUCUGGCUAGUUGUUGUGAUCCAUCUUAUUGCUGUGACUUGUUCAUAGAGAGAGAAGGCAGGGAUGAUAUCUGGAUGUGUUGUGAUCCUCUUAUUGAUGUACUUGUCAUAAGAGAGAGAAGCAGGGAUGAUAGGUGGAUUGUUGUUGUGAUCCAUCUUAUUGCUUGGGCUUGUCAUAGAGAGAGAAGCAGGGAUGGAUAUCUCGGAUGUGUUGUGAUCCCAUCUUUAUUGCUUGUACUUGGUCAUAAGAUUGACACGCAGGAUGGAACAUACUAACUCCCUUCUGGCUCCUUUUAUUCCCUCUCUUCUUGUCUUGUCCUCCACCUAAUCCCCUCCAUCCCUCUCCAUCCCUCUCAUCUCCUCCAACACCCUAUCCCUCCAUCCAUCCCAUCUCCCUCCAUCUCCUCCAUCCCUAUCUCCCCUCCACCCUCCUCCAUCCACGCUCCACCUCACCUCUCAUCCCCUCCAUCCCUCAUCACCUCCAUCCCCAUCUCCCUCCAUCCCCUCCAUCUCCCUCCAUCUCUCCAUCCCUCUCCAUCCCGCCCUCCCUCCCAUCACCUCCAUCCCCCUCCAUCCCUCAUCCCUCCAUCCGUCCCUCCUCCUCCCUCUCCAUCCCUCCAUCCCUCCUCCCCCUCCAUCCCUCCAUCCUCCUCCCUCUCCACCCCUCUCCAUCUCUACAGCCGUCUGAGAAUCGUGAUGCGGAGCUGGAGGAGAAGACUAAGGGAGCUCCUCUCAUUCUGAAGGGAACGGAGGACAUGAUGACGUCCACAGAGAGCUGACAAACGCACUUUGUGAUUUCUUUUUGGGGAAUUUCUGAAUCAUGCUAAAAUGUUUUUGUUGUAUAGAUGUGAUUUUUAGUUGUAUUCAUGUAAAAUGUUGUGUUUGUAUGACUGACGAUACUGCAUCGUGCAGAAACAUGACCAAUAACUAUAGUUACCGCACUGACAUUUCUGUUUGAAACAACUUUGACAUUGUCCUCAGAGAUGUGUUGACAUGUUGUCUACCUAACCUCCUGUUCAUUGUGUUCAUUUCACUAGCAAGUCAGC